AUGCACGCCUCAGCCCUUCUCGUAGCCCUCUUCACGGCCACUGGCCUCGCCCGCAGCCACCGCCAGAAGGAGAUGCCCUGGGCCAAAUCUGUUUCGGCCUUCGAUGGUGAGAUUUGCUGGAGGGCUUGCUUUCCAGAAGAGCCUUCAUGUCCUGAGGGUUUGUCCCCUAAGCAGUUUGGGACGCCGACAACUCUCGAAGUUCGGGAAUGCUGGACUUGCUGCUUCAAGCCUGAAGACGACUCGACGGCUAGGAAUGUUAUCUUUUAUUAUAGGCACUGUACUAAUUCUCUUAAUGCUAGGGGUCUAGGGGUUCGAGUUUAG